CCCCCCCCCCCCAUCAGAGGUCAACAGCCCUCCACCCUCCCUUACAUCAUUGGUCACCCUCUUUACCUUAUUCUGCUGCUGGAAAGAAGCUGGGGGGGGGGUGAAAGAAUAGUGCCCCAUCAUUGGUGUCAGUGGGAGGAAUGGUGUCCCAUCAUUGGUGUCAGUGAGGGGUGGAAUAGUGCCCCAUCAUUGGUGUCAGUGGGGGGUGGAAUAGUGCCCCAUCGUUGGUGUCAGUGGGGGGGGGGAAUAGUGCCCCAUCAUUGGUGUCAGUGGGGGGGAGUAGUGCCCCAUCGUUGGUGUCAGUGGGAGGAAUAG